AUGGCGAUCCAGCAACAGGAGGUUAAGCUCUUUAAUCACUGGUCGUUCGACGAUGUCGAGGUUAGUGACAUGUCUCUUGCUGAUUACAUCGCUGUGACUCCUCCAAAACAUGCUACAUACCUUCCUCAAACUGCUGGAAGAUAUUCUGCUAAGAGGUUCCGCAAGGCUCAGUGCCCAAUUAUUGAAAGACUUACCAAUUCUUUGAUGAUGCAUGGCCGGAACAAUGGAAAGAAGCUUAUGGCUGUCUACAUAAUUAAACAUGCUAUGGAAAUUAUUCAUUUGCUUACUGAUGCAAAUCCAAUCCAAAUUGUGGUUGAUGCGAUCAUUAACAGGAUUGCAUGUUAA